CGGUCGAUGUCGGUGGUGGAACGAUGCGGAUGCAGGUACUCUCGAGGUUGCCUCGAGGACCGGGUAUACGCAUCACAGAUUGCUUUCAACAUGUAACGGAUCUUUCUUUCGUUCCAAGGGUCCACUCGACUCUGUUCUGUCUCUUAGAGCACCAUUCGACGGCCCAAAUGCCUCGAACGAAUCCCCAUCAUCUUCCCCGUCAUCCCGUGAGAACCCCAGACACCCACCAGGUUCAUCUACAUCUAAGCGGCUUAUUAGUAGCAGCCAUGAAAAGCAACGACACAAUCGCCCUCAUCACCCUCGCCUACGCCGCGCUGGGCUUGCUAGUCGGCGUCGGUAUAAUCCGCUUCGUCGUCAAAGCGCGCCGCUGCACCUAUGUUGGCUCCUCCCGAACAACAACAGCAGGAUCAACCUCGUCCCCGUCCACCACCAAGUCAGGGUCAUCAUCGUCAUCGCCAUCAUCAAGCAACAACAACAAUAACAACAACAACGAGUCCAGUGACUCCAGUGAAUCCACUCCGGAGCCGGGAGUCCCCUUUCCACCGGGCCCUCCUCCUCCUCCUCCUCCUCCGCCUCCAGUCGCAACAUUCUCAUUCUCACAUCCGCCACCGCCGCCUCCUCCUCCACCGCCUAUUGUCCCGCCCGCUCCGCCUCCGGUCGGCUUGGCUGGGGGAAGUAAUACCGGUUACCCGCCGGCUCCUCCGCCCGUCGGGCUGGCUAGGCGGUGAAUAGUGCGCUGAUAUGAAGUUUGUUUGGGUGUUGGGUGUUGUGUGUUUGGUUUGUGUGAGGGGGGGGGUGGGGGUUGAGGAAAAGGAAAGGAAUGGGGAAGCCGGGCGGGCUCGGUGUUAAAGAAAGGUGGGAUAUAUACUUCUAGUACUAGUACUUUCUUUGAAACAGGAA